AUGGCCACCUUGGCUUCGUCAGCCCCGACCUCGCCCUCGUGGCCGAAACGACGUCCUAAAGCCUGGGCUCUCCGCUGUGAGCGAUAUUGCUGUGCAGCUGCAAGCUGUUUCCCGCUGGCCUUUGUAUACGGAAUCACAACUUGGGCGAUAUAUGUUGCCGUCAGCAUCGGGGUCAAGCCCUCAAGGAGUCACUGGAUCGGCAUCCCCAGUACCAUCGUCGCAUUUUCACUCUACGCCCUCCUGAACUUCAGCUACAGCGUUGCGGUUUUCACAGAUCCCGGGUCACCGCUCUCCACACGUCGCGGCGCCAACCGCCAUGAAUACAGCGCCCUCCCACCAUCCGAGCAUCCGGAGUUCGUCUCAUACACCGUGAGCUCUACGGGUGAAUCGCGAUACUGCAAGAAAUGCCAAUGUCCAAAGCCGGAUCGUGCCCAUCAUUGCUCAACAUGUAAACGAUGCGUUCUCAAAAUGGAUCACCACUGUCCCUGGUUGGCGACAUGUGUCGGGUUGCAUAAUUAUAAGGCAUUCUUGCUCUUUCUUAUCUAUACAUCCAUAUUCUGUUGGGUCGUGUUCGGUAUCGCAGCCGUUUGGGUUUGGACCGAGAUUCUGAACGACACUCAAUACAUGGAUACCAUCCUUCCCGUCAACGUGGUUCUACUGGCUAUUCUAGGUGGUAUCAUUGGGCUAGUAUUGAGUGGAUUCACCGCAUGGCAUAUCAGUCUGGCUGUGCGGGGAACAACCACCAUCGAAUGUCUGGAGAGAACCCGAUAUGUCUCGCCUUUACGCAAGGCCUUGGACAGACAGCGCAACGAGCAGGCCCCUAGAGACAACUAUUGGGGUGAACCGGAAGACACCCUUACCGGUCGACUGCAGGGGGUUGGUAAUCAAAUAAUCGAUGCCCACGCCAAUGCGAUUCCCGGGGUCACUCGCCCGGAAGAGGGCGAGGAACGGCUUUCUCCUUUACCACGCCCAUCAGGGCCCCCAGACGGAACGAGUAACCAGCUCACACCGGCGCAGCAAGCUUUGACCCGCUCAUAUGCGGAGAUGGAGCGACAACGCGAGUACGAUCGGUACCACGAAUAUCAAAACGAUGAAGAUAACGAAAAGACACCCAGUGCAUUUGAUCACGGAUGGCGACAGAACUUGCUCCAUCUGUUCGGUGAGCGUCCACUCCUUUGGGCACUCCCAAUCUGUAAUACCACUGGAGAUGGCUGGCGCUGGGAGCCAAGUCAGAGAUUCCUCGAAGAGCGCGAACGCAUUCGUCUCCGCCGCGAGCAGGAAUCCUCUGAAGAACAGCAGUACUACCGGGAGCUGUAUCAGCGUAAUUUGGAUAAUAGCCACGCAUGGCGGGAAGGUGCUGCUCAGCCCGUGCGAGCGGCGACUCGUGCUCGCACGCCCGAUCGGCCACCGACAUCUGUCUCAAUGCAAACUCUUGCUCCCCGGUCUCCCAGACCAAGACCCGGUGACAGCGAUUAUGGUGAUGAGAUUGAAGGGAAUGGAUUAUUGGAUCCGGCUCGUCCACAGGCUUCGCGCCAUGACACUGAUGAAUGGAGGGAUUGGGAUUAG